AUGUUCACUAAUACUCCUUACACCGCCUAAACAGGUGCCAAUGGUUAUAAGAUAUCCACUACUCCUUCUUAUACUUCAGGUACUGGCUCUUAACCUUAUGCAGGCUCUAGUAUUCCCCCUAAUCCUUAUGCUACUUCUGCAGGUACAACUGGUUUUGGCUCCACAUCUAACCCAGUCAGCUACUCAAAUAUGUAAGGACUUACAAAUCCUUUAGGAAAUACUCCUAACACCAACUUAUAUACUUCACCCUCCUCUUUAUCCCCAGCUCCUGCUUAAACACAAAAGCAAGUUGCAGGAAAAUAGAUCUCAAAUACUUAAGCCGAAGAUGAAGAAGGAGCAGUUAAUUUUCACGCUUUAGUUGAAAAGAGAGAACGUGAAAACAACAGAGAUGUUUACGAAGGUGAACCCUACGAUUGUUUAAAGCACUUAACUUAACAGCAAAUUGAUGAUUACGCUAAGAGAGGUAUUACUGAUUACCUUAAUUGCUUAAGAUUGAGCACUAAGCAAGAACUCCACUCUAAAUAUGAUAGAACCCUUAAGACCUGUGAAGUCCAAGGAGUUUAAGAUUUCAAAGAUGAUGAAUUCCCUCCCGAACUCACUUCUUUAGUAGGAAGUAACUAAGCUGGUAGAACUUCAUGGAAGGGUCUUAAAUGGCUUCGUCCUAGAGAUAUUAAAGGCUACACCAAUUUUGCUCUUUUCUAAGAUGCUAUUGAGCCUAACGACAUUAAAUAGGGUUAUUUAGGAGAUUGCUAUUUCCUUUCAAGUAUUGCUUCAUUAGCUGAAUGGCCAGAUCGUAUUAGAAAUCUCUUCUCAUUAGAUAAGCCCAAUCCCUACGGUUGCCACUGUGUAAAAAUCUGUGAUAAGGGUGAAUGGAGAGAAGUCAUUGUUGAUCAAUUCUUCCCUUGUGUUUCUGCUGCUAGAGGUCCUUCUUUCACUAAGGGUAAUGGUGCUGAAAUUUGGGUUAUGCUUCUUGAAAAGGCUUGGGCUAAGAUUAAUGGAUCCUACGAUUAAAUUGAAGCUGGUUUGACAAGAGAGUGCUUGCAUGACUUCACUGGUGCUUGUACUCAAACAUUGUGGUUAGAUGACCAAAACACCUAUGAUUCAGUGUGGUAAAAACUUUUAAUAGGAGAAAAGAAUAACUACGCUAUGACAUGUGGCUCAACAGAUGUAGCAUCAAAAGAAGAACUUGAUAAGCUUGGUCUUAUUAAUGGUCACGCCUAUUCAUUACUAGGAGCUUAUGAAGUCACUUCCUAAGGCAGAGUUACAAGAUUAGUUAAGCUUAGAAAUCCAUGGGGAGAAAGAGAAUGGACUGGCGAUUGGAACGAUUCAGACACUAAAUUACAUUAAUUAAAUCCUGAUGACAAGAGAGCUAUUGGCAUGCAUGAAAGAGCUGAAAAUGAUGGUAUUUUCUUCAUGAGUUACGAUGAUUUCCGUAAAUAUUUCACUGAUGCUCAGAUUUGCUAUGUCCAUGAUGAUUUCGAAUAUGCAUCAAUAAGAGCUUAAAGUGCAGCUAAGUAAGCUAAAUUUUUCAAGGUCAAAAUUCCUUAAAGAGGUAGAUACUUCUUUGCAAUAAAUCAAAAAUCGAAGAGAAAAUAUCCUAAGGAUUAGCAAAAAGAAUUCAAGUAUUCCACAGCUACUCUUUUAGUUGCUAAGCAAGAAAGUGAUGGAACAUUUAAAUAUAUUGAAGGUUAGCAAAGAGAAGAUAGAGAAGUUUGGACUGGAGAAAGUGAAGAUUAGAUUUAUGAAGCAGGUACCUAUAUAGUUUAUGCAAAGGUUUAAUGGCGUAAUAAUGAUUUUGACGAAUUCGUUUUGAGCGCCUAUGGUUCCUCUAAAGUAACAUUUACAGAAAUUACUAAAGUAGAAGCCUAAAAUGUAAUUAGCGAAGCAUACUUUGACCAUGCAAAUAGAUUAAGCAAGAGAUAAAAAAAAUUAUUAGCAGAUAAUAAAUCAUGGAUCCUAUUAGAUUAAACUGAUGAUGGUUUCUUCUAUUUAGCCAUUAAUAAUAAAAGUGAUAAGAUUCUCAAUGGUGAAUUCAAGUUCACUAAGAUGGGAGGUUUAAAACUUAAGAAUCCAUUUAAUGGAUAAAGUGUUAAAGUAUCUCUAUCACCUGGAAAGCAUGCUUGUGCAAUUCUUCGUGUUAAAGACUAUAAAUAAUUAACAGCACUCUCUCUCAGCUAGACUAUUCAAUUUAAAUGA